ACGUAAACGUGAUGGCGAUAUAGAGGAAGGAUGACGACGACGAAGAAGAUGAAGAGAAUGUUGUUCUUUUAGCAGAAACAGAACAACAAAUUUCCUAUCAAUAGCAGCACAGCCUCGUUGCUUGGCUACCACCCACUUUCACAGCUCAUUCCCGUUCAACUCUCCACCCUCCUAUUAUCCCCCGCCAACUCCCUCCCUCAUCCCUGUUGACCGAAUAAACAAAGCCAUUAUGAGAGAGAGAGAGAGAGAGAGAGAGAAGCGUUUAAAUUAGCCACGGCUGGCUUCUUCCGCCCAUCCUCAACCGUCGCCACCUUCGUUUCCUCCGCACCACUCGAAUAAGUUGGGCAAUGGAAAAAACUCUGGCCAGCUGUUAUCGUAAGAAGAGCCCUCGUUGGCCACCACCUCCAUAGCAUCCUACGUCUCUAUUUCCUGACCCGCAGCAAGCUCACCUCCCUCCUCUUGCUUUCAUCUCUCGCCAAGCUUCCGACUCCUCCUCCUCCUCUCCUAGCCGCAAGAGAGAACCUUUGGGGCUGCCGGCGUCGUCGUCGGCGGCGCCUGGAUGGACCCGUCGGAGCUGAAGCGGGUGUUCCAGAUGUUCGACCGCAACGGCGACGGCAGCAUCACCAAGACGGAGCUGCAGGACUCGCUCAAGAACCUGGGGAUCCACAUCCCCGAGGAGGAGCUGGCGUCCAUGAUCGAGAAGAUCGACGUGAACGGGGACGGGUGCGUGGACAUGGAGGAGUUCGGCACGCUCUACCAGGCCAUCAUGGACGAGCGGGACGAGGAUGAGGACAUGCUGGAGGCCUUCAACGUGUUCGACCAGAACGGUGACGGCUUCAUCACCGUGGAGGAGCUUCGGACGGUUCUCGGCUCACUCGGCCUCAAGCAAGGCCGCACCGUGGAGGACUGCCGGCGGAUGAUAAGCAAGGUUGACGUCGACGGCGACGGCAAGGUCAACUUCAAGGAGUUCAAGCAGAUGAUGAAGGGCGGAGGGUUUGCGGCCUUGACCUAGCUAGCCAUGCAUCGCUGCAGUGGAGGAGACAACAUGGUUGUAGAUACCGCUGAGGGAGGAAUCCAUCAUAAGACGAUAACCCAACCUACAUAAUUAAAGCAUGGUUUGCUUGAUCCACAGAUUAUGUCACUUCAUUGAGCUUUUCUUUUGAUCAGUUCAUUAAUGUUAAUCCUUUUGUUUAGCUAUGAGAUGGCCUUUUCAGUCUU